AUGAGUGGCAGUCGGCAGCUCCGUAUUCCUCCCAGUGCCUACCUGCGCAUCGACGCAUCCGGAUCAGCCACGAAAUAUGCGAACGGCCAAGUGAUUACUAUUUACAGUCGCUGCAUCGAGUCAGAUCGGGUCUUGCGCGAUGCACUUAACAACCGUUUGCCUCAAGACGUUCUAUGUCGCAGCGUAGUUACACUAAAUGAUAUUAACUUUGAUCCGUGCUAUGAUGCCAAGUGCAAACGCUACGAGUAUAGACUCGUUGCUGGCGGACUUCGUCCUGUUGGAAGUCGUCAGAACGUCUGGUACAUAUCUAAACGACUCAAUGUCGCUAAAAUGCAAGAAGCCAUUGAUCAUUUGAUGGCUCCCCCCACGACAAAAGAUUUUUCGUCUUUUACGCCUCAUAAAGCAGGAGAUGGAGAACAUGACAAUGUUUGUACGAUCUCAAAAAUUAAACUCCAUUUGGAAACUGUGGACAACGAGAAAGAUGUUCAGUAUCAAGAGGAUGUUGCCACUAAGAUACGCCUCUGUUUUGAAGGUGACCGAUUCAGGUACAGAAUGCGGCUAAAAGUCGAAGAAUGGCUGGUCAAGGUGCACCUCCACAAGUUACUUUAUCGAUCAUAA